GAUAAUUCUGUUUUGGAAGUGUUUAGUUAGGCUAUAUAUAUAACAACCAUCGUUUGUCGCCUAUAUACUUACAAUCAUUUAGCAUUAUCAAGCAUUAACCUGACAACCUGAUGGCUUCCACACACAAAAAGUCUCCUGCCAUGAUGCUUUUCUUGUUGACCUUUCUUUGCAUCACUAUGGUCCCGAUUUUAGCUCUUGAGCCAAUAUAUAAAAUUUCUUCAAAAUUGUGCUUUGGAGAUUGUAACCAGGAUUGUACAGUACUUUGUAGAAAACUUAGCUAUCCAAAUGCUGUUGUGAUAGAUAAGUGCAUUAAAGAUUGUAUGGCAGUCAAAGUGAAUUGCGGAACAGAAUGUAAAGCAGCUGGCUAUCAAACAGGUAAAAUGCGGUUAAAUUCUUUGGGGAAUGGUCUAAGGAAAAUGCGAGAAACCUUCUGA